GUGGUCACUGGCCGCGCUGCCGCUCUCCAUCCGCCGCCGCCGGGCAGCGCCGGGAGCCCCCUGCUUUCUCGCGCGGGGGUCGCGGCGCUGCCGGGGCGCUGUUCCCGCCGCGCCGGCCCCACCAAGCCGGCACUUGAGUGUUUCCGUCAGGCGGAGCUCGCCCGCCGGGGCGCGGGCGGCCGCGCCGUGAACACGUCUCAGGCGAGCCGCGGCCGCCCGCCACGCGGCUCCGCGUGGGGCGCCGCUCGCCACCGCCCCCUCCCGCGCCGCGCUCCGCUCCGCCCCGCAGCGCCGCGCCAGCCCCCCGGGGGGCCGCGGCGGGCGGGGGAGCCGACGCGCCAGGCGCUGCGCUCCCUGCCAUUGGCUGGCGGCUCUGCCGGUCGCACGCGGGGCGGGGGAGGCGGGCGCGCCGGGUCGGUCUGGGCUCAGCCCCCGGUGCGGCGGAGUAGUCGCGGCCGGCCCGUCCUGAGGGCACCAGCGCUGCCCGCCUCUGCCAGGCAGCCAGCCGUGCAGCCGCAGCCCGCCGUCCGCCUCCCGCUCCGCGUCCCCCUCCCGGGCGAUCUCGGCGGGGCCGCGAUGGAAGAGGAGCGGGCGGGCGAGCAGAUGAGACCGUUGCUCACCACGGGUCACGAUGAAGAAGCUGUUGUGGAUAUGGGCAAAAUCAGCUCUACAAUCAACACAAACUUUGAGAAAGAAGAACUAGAGAGCCACAGAGCUGUGUAUAUUGGAGUUCACGUCCCAUUUGGAAAGCAGGGCCGUCGGCGGCACAGGCAUCGUGGGCACAGGCAUCACAGAAGGAAAAAAGAUAAAGAAACUGACAGAGAGGAUGGCCGAGAAUCUCCGUCGUAUGAUACGCCAUCCCAACGAGUGCAAUUUAUAUUGGGUACUGAAGAUGAUGAUGAACACAUUCCCCAUGAUCUCUUCACUGAAAUGGAUGAACUUUGCUUCAGGGAUGGAGAAGAAUAUGAAUGGAAAGAAACAGCCAGGUGGCUAAAAUUUGAAGAGGAUGUUGAAGAUGGUGGUGAUCGGUGGAGCAAGCCUUAUGUAGCAACUCUGUCCCUGCACAGUCUCUUUGAACUGCGAAGCUGUAUUCUCAAUGGGACGGUCAUGUUGGACAUGAGAGCAAACACGCUAGAUGAGAUAGCAGAUAUGGUUUUGGACAACAUGAUUGCCUCUGGCCAGCUGGAUGAAUCCAUAAGAGAGAACGUGAGAGAAGCUCUCCUGAAAAGGCAUCAUCAUCAGAAUGAGAAAAAGUUCAGCAAUCGGAUUCCCCUGGUUCGGUCUUUUGCAGAUAUAGGGGAAGGCCUUUCAGCCUCCCGCCACUCUUUGCGAAGAGGUCUCUCUGCCUCAAAUAUUUCCCUGAGAGGAGAAAACCGUUUGUCAGUUCUUCUCAAUUACCUUCUUCCUUCUUCAAGAGCUGGAACCCCGGCAGCCUCGAGGUGUACAACCCCUGUAACUACCCCUCAAAACACACCACCCUCCAGUCCUACCUGCAGCCACUCGCCAACCACAGGUGCCCAGUCAAGUCCACUUCAGGGCAAGGAAUUGCUGGUGUCACCUGCCAGUGAUGAUAUUCCUUCCGUAGUAAUCCACCCACCUGAGGAGGACUUAGAAGUGCAGGAAAGCCAGGAAAAGAAGACAGAGGAAAAUGUUGACAAAACACCAGGGCUACUAGCAUCUCCACAGUCAGCACCCGGAAAUUUAGACACUGGGAAAAGUGGAGACGUUAAAGGUACUGGGACAGGAGGAAGCAGAGAAAACAGCACGGUUGAUUUUAGUAAGGUUGAUAUGAACUUCAUGAGGAAAAUUCCUUCAGGAGCAGAAGCAUCAAAUGUGUUAGUGGGAGAAGUAGAUUUUUUAGAAAGACCUAUUAUUGCUUUUGUGAGGCUCUCCCCUGCUGUGCUUCUCUCAGGUCUCACAGAGGUUCCGGUUCCUACACGAUUCUUGUUUUUGUUGCUGGGACCAGCAGGAAAAGCUCCACAGUACCAUGAAAUUGGGAGAUCAAUAGCAACACUUAUGACAGAUGAUGUUUUCCAUGAUGUUGCCUAUAAAGCAAAAGACCGAAAUGAUUUGUUGUCAGGAAUUGAUGAAUUUUUAGACCAAGUGACAGUCCUGCCUCCAGGAGAAUGGGAUCCAUCUAUACGAAUUGAGCCACCAAAAAGUGUUCCUUCCCAGGAGAAAAGGAAAGUACCUAAAUUUCCAAAUGGAUCUACUCCUACAGGAGAGCCUCUCAAAGAAGAAGGCCAUCAUGCUGGACCUGAACUUCAGAGAACUGGAAGGCUUUUUGGUGGUUUGAUACUUGACAUCCAAAGGAAAGCACCUUUUUUCUUGAGUGACUUCAAGGAUGCAUUAAGCCUGCAGUGCCUGGCCUCGAUUCUUUUCCUAUACUGUGCCUGUAUGUCUCCUGUAAUCACUUUUGGAGGGCUCCUGGGAGAAGCUACACAAGGCAGAAUAAGUGCAAUAGAGUCUCUCUUUGGAGCCUCAUUAACUGGGAUUGCCUAUUCUCUCUUUGCUGGGCAACCUCUUACUAUUUUGGGAAGCACCGGACCAGUUCUAGUAUUUGAGAAAAUAUUAUUUAAAUUUUGCAGGGAUUAUAAUCUUUCCUACCUCUCUCUGCGAACUAGCAUUGGUCUGUGGACUGCGUUUUUAUGCAUAGUGCUUGUAGCCACAGAUGCCAGCAGCCUUGUGUGUUACAUCACUCGAUUCACUGAGGAAGCUUUUGCAGCACUUAUAUGCAUCAUAUUUAUUUAUGAGGCAUUGGAAAAACUUUUUCAUUUGGGAGAAGUGUAUGCCUUCAAUAUGCACAACAAUUUGGAUAAACUGACUUUAUACUCAUGUGUGUGUUCUGAGCCUGAGAAUCCCAGCAAUGAAACGUUGCAGGUGUGGACGAAAAUGAAUAUAUCCAUGGAAAAUAUAGCAUGGAGUAACCUUACAGUUUCUCAAUGUUUAGAAUAUCAUGGUGUGUUUCGUGGAUCAGCGUGUGGCCAUCAUGGACCAUAUAUUCCAGAUGUUCUCUUCUGGUCUGUCAUACUAUUCUUUACAACAUUUUUCCUUUCCUCUUUCCUUAAGCAAUUCAAGACCAAACGCUAUUUCCCAACUAAGGUACGUUCUACCAUCAGUGACUUUGCAGUAUUUCUGACCAUAGUUAUCAUGGUUUUGAUUGACUAUCUUGUGGGAGUGCCUUCUCCUAAGCUUCAUGUUCCAGAGAAAUUUGAACCCACCCGAAAAGACCGAGGAUGGUUCAUAGAUCCUCUUGGAAGCAAUCCUUGGUGGACACUCUUGGUAGCUGCUGUUCCUGCUUUACUGUGUACCAUUCUCAUUUUCAUGGAUCAACAAAUAACAGCUGUUAUUAUAAACAGGAAAGAGCACAAGCUGAAGAAAGGCUGUGGUUAUCAUCUUGAUCUGCUCAUGGUUGGUGUUAUGCUGGGAAUAUGCUCUCUCAUGGGCUUACCAUGGUUUGUUGCUGCGACUGUCCUGUCUAUAAGUCACGUUAAUAGCCUGAAAGUUGAGUCAGAAUGCUCAGCACCAGGAGAACAACCAAAGUUCUUGGGAAUCCGGGAGCAGCGAGUGACAGGAUUGAUGAUUUUUGUCCUGAUGGGGCUGUCAGUGUUCAUGACCUCUGUAUUAAAGUUUAUUCCAAUGCCAGUUUUGUAUGGUGUCUUUCUUUACAUGGGAGUAUCUUCGUUAAAAGGCAUUCAGUUUUUUGACCGUAUAAAACUGUUUGGAAUGCCUGCCAAACAUCAACCAGACCUGAUUUAUCUCCGUUAUGUGCCACUCUGGAAAGUCCAUAUUUUUACAGUUGUUCAGCUCACUUGUCUAGUUCUGUUGUGGGUGAUUAAAGCCUCUGCAGCUGCUGUUGUUUUCCCUAUGAUGGUUCUAGCCUUAGUGUUCAUUCGCAAGCUUAUGGAUUUGUGUUUCACCAAAAGAGAGCUCAGCUGGCUCGAUGAUCUUAUGCCAGAAAGUAAAAAGAAGAAAGAAGAUGACAAAAAGAAAAAAGAGAAGGCAGAAGCAGAGAGAAUGCUUCAGACAGGGGACAAUGAAAGUGUACAUCUUGCAUAUGGAGAAGCAAAUUUGGAUUUUCCUGUAAAAACCCUAAAAUACAGCGUUGAUCCCUCAGUUGUAAACAUAUCUGACGAAAUGGCCAAAACUGCACAGUGGAAGGCUCUUGCCAUGAGUACUGAGAAUGCCAAAGUAACCAGAGCUAACCUGAGCCCUGAAAAACCAGACUGUGUGAAAAUAAAUGUGGAAGAUGCACCUGUUGUGAAAUACGUGGAUGCCGAAACAUCUUUAUAGAGGGGAGCUGCGUAUAUUUGUGUGUGUAUUUAUAUCACUUUAGGAUAUUAUACCAUUGAAGUGUGAUUUCCAGUUUAAAGAGCAAUGUGUAUUUAAUUCUGCCAUUGUUUAGGGCACUGUAGAUAUGCUUGCAUAAUGAGAAGAUUUUCCUACGGAUGAGUGGUAAUCACACUUCAGCUAUUUAUUUUAUUGGAAAUUUUAUUUUCAUUUUUAAAUAGGAAGAUUGUAAUGUAUGCUUAUUAUUUUCAAUAAUCAAUAUGGGCAUAAAAGUUAAAUCAGCUUUUGCUGAUUAUUACUGGUCCACAUUGCUUAGAAUUUUGCAAUACCUCUGUUUGUAAUGUGCGCUAUAGAAGUUUGUUUUCUAUGCAGGCAAUUACUGCUUGUUUUUGCAGGGUAUACUUUUUUUGUUAUUUCAUAGAACGAAUAUUAAUGUGCUGUUGACAAGAACUACUGUAUUUUGUGUCUCCACUACAUGCUAGUGUUUUCUGGAUUCCAUCUCCUAUUUUACAGAAGUGGCCUAGAGCCCUAAGUCAGGUGGUGAGCUAAUUCUUAAAAUACGUAAAUACCCUGUUCUGCUACUUCUUUUUUUUCCUUUACUCUUUAUUUUUCAUUAUUGUCCAGUAGCAGUAUGAGUGCAGUAAUUGUAGUUACAGUCCCAACUCAGUAUUUGCCAUUCUGGACACUCCGUAUUUACACAAUAUGAAUUGGAUUUACAGACAGCAAUUUGGUCUAUAGGAAGUUAUACAUACUUAACACACUAGUACUCUUGAAUUCUAUUGUUCCUGUUUUUACUUACAGUUUUACAUCGAUUUUCAGGGUCUGAUUUACUCAGCUCUGAGACUGAAACUUUAGAGUAUUCAUGUCCUCAUCAAAUAUCUUUCUUGCAUAAUUGAUUUUUAAAUUUACCUUGUAUUUGAUUAAAUUAGCUGUAGUUUAAUUCUGUAAUAGGUCUAUGAUCAGUAUUAUUUUAUGGGUUACAAAUUGCUUGUGAUAUUUGUGUGUACAGUUCUGAUCCUCUCCAUUGUAAAGGGCAUAUAUGAUGGCACACCAACUUAUUUUUAAACAUUUUAUUUAUUUUAAUUAGUAUAAAUUUUUAUCAUGUAAGAUGAUUUGAAAAAAUAAAUAUUCAUUUAUUAAAGUAAAUGGGAUUUUGGGGGGCUUACUGAUAAAGAUGCAGUCAGUGCAUUUAUUGUACUUACAUUUUCAAGUUCUAGUGUUUAGCAUUAUAAUAUUUGAAAUAAUGAGAAUUUUAUGUAUAAAUGAAAAUCCUGAUCACUUACCUGCACAGUUUCCCUUAUUAACAUUUUUUGCCUUAUGCCUUAGUUUUUUGGCUUUAAUUUCUCAAAGAUCUCUUUACAUUCUGAAUUGCCACCAGCCCUCUCUGAAUUUAUUACAAUGGCUUUAAUUAGAAUCUGAGCUCAUUUAAAAACAGAAGAGGCUCUUUGCUUAGUUCCGUUUUUAGCAAAAUUGGGAGUUUUACCAUGGAUCAUGUGGUAAAAUUCUCAACAACUGCAAAAGCAGCAGAUUCUGGAAGAGGGCAGAGUUCAUCUGAAAAUACCACUUGAGGUAGAAUUUUGGUGCUCUUCAGCCAAGUGUCACUUGGAGACAAAAUAAUUGUACAUUACAGAAACAAAGCAGUCAGUGGGAAUAAUAAGAAAUACUUAAAAUAGCAUUUAAGUUACAUGGACUGUUACUGUUCCCUUUAAAUAUAUACAUUUUUUUUCAUUUGGCUGAAUUCUGGGAAGACUGUUUAAAGAAAGUAACUCAUAGGUUACAGCAAAUACAAAUAAUGCUACCCGAACUGUCGUAACAAAGGCUCAGGUCAGUGGCAAAGCAAGUGAGGUCUGCGUUACCAAUUUGACUCCUACUGUGUAAUGACCUGUAUUGAUGUUCCCUUAUUCUUGUGGCUGUAGCUUGUGCCUUAGGUUGAGUACGCACUCUUUCAGAAAAUACCCAUGCUUUCCCUCUAGCCAAACUGAGAUAAAGUGAAACUAUAGCAGAUGGUGUCCCAAAACUUUCUGCAUUAUUAAAAAAAAAGUACUCAUAAAUUAGUUGUUGACUCCUCAGCAGCUGUUGCAGAAUCAAAGGGAAGAUAUUUUGGGCAGUUUAUGUAGUGUUAUCCACAAUACAUUACUUCUGUGUUAGUCCUCCCAGUAGUAUUUUUACACUUCAUGUUCACAGUCCUGCAACAAUUUCCAAAGACCCAAAAAAUUACUAUAAGCCUCUUAGAUUUUCUUUUUUUUUUUUAACUCUUUAAUGCUGGAAAUCAGGGUUCCCUGGUGCUACACACCUCGUGUCUGGCUUCUACUUCAGAAGGGUUAACUUUUGGUCAAUAUUACAGGAUGUGGCUAUUUUUCGAGUAAAGAUUAAAGGAAACAAAACCAAAGCCCUGCAAGUCUCAUCACAGUAUUUAUGUGAUUUUAAUUGUAAUUGUGUAGAUAUUUUAAACGGUGCCAGGAAUACCAUGACUUGCAAAGCAGUUUACAGUGACCUUUAGUUCCAGUGUUCUUGGUCAGUAGCAUGUUGUGCUUGCACUUUUUUUCCAUAUGAAUAGAAGAAGGUCUGGUACUAAGUGCAUAAAAGCCCGUUGAUAUUCUAUGGUUAAGUGACUCGCUGCUCAUUUUACACCUUCUCUGCUUUAAAAAUCACACAUAGUAUUAAAGUAAAACAGCUAAGGAUGUAAUUUACUGUAUGUAGAUAUACGUAUUGCCUUAACAGUUGCAAAAGAGCAGUGAUAAUUGCUGUGCACUGAUUCAUUUCAUGGGGGUUAAGCCCUGUAAAAACUACGCCAAUGUUUUUCCAUUCCAACAGCCAGAGGAAAAUAAACAGCCCUGCACUUUUCUUUAGAUGCCUUGGUUUCCCAGAAUGGAGCUUAGUGCUACUGUGUAUCUGGCUGCAGAGCCACCUCAGGAAGUCCCUCUUUUUUUUUUUUUUUUUUAAUUUUUCUAAUUUAUUUAUAAAUAUGAAUGUUUACAUAAAGUGUAGGUCUUAAUUUUGACCACUCCAUUUAAAUUAUCAUCUAAAAUAUUUCAUUUGAAGUGCAGUGUCAUGUUUAAAUUAUAUUCUACAAAACUCAUUCUUAGUAUUUUCUUAUGUAUUACAAUGACAUGCUUUUCAUUCUGUUUACAUAUGUCCAAGUCAAUUAUACUUUCUUCCUAGAAUAAUUUUGCAGCUAUAAUAUCUUACGAUUGAGUGAAAUGUUCCAAAUUGCCAAGCUCUCAUCAUAAAACCUGUUAGGGUAGAAUGUGGUGCCCUGGUGGGGGGUUUUCAACCACAUGUCUUGGCCGUUUUUUCUACAUUUAAUGAAACUUCUCCCAUAAACUUAACCAUUUCCUUCACCUGCAUCUCUGUCUUUCCAUUGUAACUUCCGAAUUUGUGCCCUUUGCAAAGGCAGGUUUGACAGGCUGUCAGAUGUAUCUGUAACAAAUAGGUGUCAUGUCGCGGAGCCUGCACUGUUUUGAUGGGUUGUCUUGUACAUACAUUCUGUAAAUCGUAAGGUAAACGGUUCAUGAUUUUCAGUUCACAAAUGUAGUCUGUUAGAUGAGCACCACAAUGCUUUUAGUUUUCUUUUUUGCUUUAUGUGAUUAGUAAUGUUUUAAUUACUCAUCUAGGUCAAAUUCAUUAUCAAGUACAGUACGAAUGUGUGAAAUACUUUGUUUAUACCAACAGUAAUUUAUUUUACGGUUAAUUUUAAAGACUAGAGGCACACAGCUUUGAGUCAGCAUAAAAGUAGUGCUACAAAGCAAAUUUCUUAGUAAUUUUAAGUCAAUUUUAUUUUGUAACAAUUUUAGUGAAAACUUGUAGGACUUCUUAGUUGGCAUAGAAGUUAAUCUAAAGACACUUUAAUAUUCAAUUUAGUAUCUGUUGACUUUUAUUUGGAAUAAUGAAUGUGUUUUGAAAAAUCAAUACUUUUCUAAAUGAUUUUAUUGGCAGGAUGCAUCAUUUUAAAUAUUUUUCUUUCUCUUGUUGCUGAUAUUCCUGUGCAUAGGUGUCUUCCAGGGCUCAGCAUCUGUAGCUGAACUACAUUUUUGAUUUUAAUACUGAUUAUUUCAAAUGCAAUUACAUGCUCUACGGUUCGAAUUUUUUAUGACUGCUUUUCUAGUUACAGUGAUGUUUUCUUACUCUACAACACAAUCCAAAGCAAAUGAAAACAUUAUUCCAAACGUGGACUCAAUAUUCAGUUUAUACAGAAAACACAACUCUCAGACUUGUUUUCGACGUGAAAGAUCCAGCCUUUGUUGUUUUAAUUACACCGCUAGAAUAAAAUUAUCUUUUGUAUCGUUUCAAAAAAGUUGGUAAAAGCAAUAAAAAUCUACUGAACUAUA